AAUCGAAAUAUUUGCUAUCUCGAUUUGUGAAUCGAAGCUAAUAUUUCUCUGAUUGUUUACUGUUUCCUCUUCUUUUACAUUUAGAUUUAGAUAAGCUAUCAUAUUUCGAUGGAUCUCGUCAAUUCUACAAAACCAGAGCGUCAUCGAAGCGGAAAUUGGAAGGGGAGUGAAAAUGGGGGUUUGGAUGAAUUGAGUGAUGAUGUAGUGAUUAAGAUUCUGUCUCAAAUGAAUGUUAAGGAAGCUGCGAGGAUGAGUGUCCUCGCGCAUAGAUGGAGAUAUUUGUGGAGGUUUGUCAAUGGCACUCUGAAAUUUGAUAGCUGGGAGACUACCAUUGCCAUUGCGGAUGUAAGGAAAAAGGAAAAGUUCUUGGCAUGGGUGAAUGCUGUGGUGAAGCAUCAUCAAGGUCAAUGUAUUGAGGGCAUGGUUAUUAGAUCUGAUAUGAGGGAAAAGGAUUUUGAACAUAACGGUUCGAGCAUAGCUUGUGCAGUUGACGAUUUGGUGUACUUUGCUAUGAAUAAGCAAGUUCAGAGGCUCAAGUUGAUGCUUUUGUUUACCAGUAUGUAUCCCUUCCCAGAUCUUAAGAAGUUAUUAUCAUCAUAUUCACUAGGCUUCGGUUCUCCUUUUUACCGCCUGAGAGACCUUAGAUUGGUGCAUGUUAAUGUCGAAGAUGAGGUGAUUCAUUACUUUCUUGCAUCGUGUCCCAAUCUUGAGAAGUUGCACAUAGAUUACUCUAGUAUCACAGAGAAUAUUAAAGUUGUUGAUCCACCAAGCUUGAGAGUUUUGUACAUAAGAAGUUGCAGCAAGCUCCAGUGUCUGGAGAUAUCUGCCAGUAUUGUCUCAUUGACAUUCGGGGGAGAGGAGAAUAGUUUGGUUUUGAAGAGAGUUCCAAAUCUUUGCGAGUUAACUAUUGAUGAUGGUAUCUGUAUUUCCUUUGUUUUACAACCCAAGCAACACUCGAGCUAUUCAGCUCAGCUGGAAAAGCUCAUAUUGGAUUUCCGCUUAGUGAAUAGAGUAUACAAUAUACCAAUUGUUGCUUCGCCUGAUUUGCCCCAAUUAUGCUCCCUCAAACGGCUGGAAGUUCAAGUUCACACUGAAGGUCGUCAAAGCCUUCUCUUUUUCACAUCGUUAGUCAAUGCAUCUCCACAAUUACGCGAAUUUAGGAUUGAGGUGCGUUACUCAGACCUCUCGUCAUAUUUGGGAGAUGUAGAGUUGCCGUUUCCUGUUAUAAGUGCUGCAAAUGCUAUGAAAUUCGUACAUAGUAAUCUCAAGGUGGUUGAAAUUGAGGGGUAUGUUGGGUGCUCGGUCGAAGAAGAGUUGCUGUUGGAACUGAUCAAGAUUGGUCCAUUGAUUGAAAGUGUUGCCAUUCAUACUAAGACUGGUUACUACCAUCUACUCAAAACGAGGAGGCCUUUGCCGGAGAUUGUGGCAACCACACGAAACGAAGCAAAGGAGCGCGCCAGACAUUUUGUAUCCAGCUUUCCGAAGCAAAUUGAAGCCAUUGUGAUAUGAUAAAUUGAUGUAAUCGAACUCACCAUAUGUUAGUUUCUAGUUUUACCUUGGAUUAUGCAACUCAUUCAUGCUUGCGUUGAUUUUUGGAAGAAAAAAUGACUGAUUUACGUUGGUAUU